AUACAAGUCCCAAGAUUUGCUCACUUUCCAUAAUACAUAAAAAAAAUUAUGUCAGCAGAACACAUGAAAAUUAACCCCCAAAAUGUUUUUCCUACUAUUAAGUCAGGCAGUUAACUUCUGCGAGAGAAGACUCAGUCUCUAUGGACUGGCUAUCAGGAGUGUUUUAUGCCUGUUCACAGAAGCAUGCACCAAACAAAAACUAGGAACUAAAGCAGCAUUGACAACUUGCCCCUUGCAAGAAGAUUGUUACACUAAUGACAUUCUGCAUGCUGCAUUAUCAUUAAAAAAAGAUCAUGCUGCUUAGCAGAGGGAUUAGGUUAUGCUGAUUCAUACAGCCAAGAACUGUUACACAUAAUGUACUCACAGGUGUUGCUCAAGUAUUUAGACCUUCUCCUCCUCUAAAAUAAACUACAGCAACCAGUGUAGAACACCACUACAUUUCCCUUAGUUUAUGUCCAAUUUUGGUUUUAGAAAGCUUUUCAGAAAAAUCACUCUGCUUUCUUUUUUCUUGUUUUUAGGUAAUGUUGGGAGUUCUGCAUUAGGAGAAUAUUAAGCUGUAAUGUUCCCUUGACUUAGCUACCAAAUGAGCUUAAAAAUCAACCUGGGUAAAACUCAGUGAGGGAAGUAAGUCUAUAGAGAUUGAAUGCUGCAUGAAAAAAAGAGGGAGGGAAAAAAGCUAUUUGGAGAAAACAGGCUUAGGACAAACAGUGGUUUUUGACUUGUGGAAUAGUAAUUAUCAAAGUCACACUGACUUGUCACUUUCCUGGCCGAUAUGAAACCUGAAUUUUCGAAACCAAGAUUCCCAAGUCUUUCAAUCUACUUUGUCUGACUUCUUCCAGGAAAAUACUUGAUUGAUGGGUGACUAAGCCUUUCAGGUAGGCAAAAAUAAUCUUCCAUUGUACAGGAAUAGACAGAGUCCUACACGUUUUUUUAAUUUCGAUACUGUAGUGGUCAUAUAUUGCUUUCUCUCCAUGCAAAUUCUCUUGUACCAUUUUAAGCUCAUAUUUGACAAAAUAACUUUCCAGACUUUAUUGCUUUAUUUUAAAAGUUAAGGUCACAUGAAGAAAUACUGUGACAUGGAAGAAGUCAAUAAAAACAUGUAGCAAUCAGACUUUUAAGAAAAGUUUUGUAUUUGUCAACUAGUUUGCUAAAAAGUACUGUCAGUGUAACACUGUCACCCCAUAAACAACACGCUGCUCACGCCCAGGCCCAUCCUUUCCAUAAAGCUUCCAUAUCAAAGCAGUGUUGGGAUGGGCGUUUCGGUUUUAAAACAGGAGCAGCAGCGCCGUAGGAGCCGUCCCGGGCACCGGGCCCGGGGCACUUACAGUCGGUUCAGCGGAGCGGGGCUGUCUGAGCGCACACCCGCCGCACAGCGCCGCCCUCACGGCUGCUGCACCUUCGUCCGCUUCGGGGGCGGGUCAUCGCCGCUCGCCGCCGUGUCCACGUUGUUUUCGUCCUCGCCUUCAUCCUCUUCGUCGUCGUCGUCCUCGUCGUCGUCAUCCCCGAGAGCACCGCGCCGCGCGUCGCCCGCCGCCUCCCGCUCCUCCUGCACCAGCGGCGCAAGCAGCUCCACCACCCGCUCCUGCAGCUCGGACAGGGCCCCUCGCAGCCCGCGCAGCUGCGCGGCCUCGCCCCCCUCCGCCGCCGGGUACGGCACUCGCACCGUCCGCGUCCGCCCGUCGCGGCCGCGCAGCUCCGCCACCAGCUCGGUGCCGGCCGCCGGCUCCGCCAUUGCCGCCUCUCCGCUCACGUGCCGGGCCCGCCCCGCCCGCCGGUCACGUGCCCGCCGCGCGCCCGGCCCCGACGAACCGCCCCCGAUCACGUGGGGCGCGCGCGAUUCCGCUUCCGCCGUGGCGCCCCCUGGCGCCUCCCCGCGCCCGCGUUUCCCGCCGCGCUUCGCGGCCCGCGCAGCCCACAUGGAGGCGGCGGCUCCCGAGGGCGCCGAGCCGGGCAGCGGCGGCGGCAGCGGCGCCGAGGAGCCCGUGGUGUCCCUGGCGGAGGUGCUGGCGGAGAACGAGGAGCUGGAGAAGGAAGCGCGGGCCGUGCUAGGGGGCAGCGACCACGAGCGCUGCAGCUACUCACAGGGCGCGGUGAAGCGGCAGGCGCUGUACGCCUGCAGCACCUGCACGCCGCCCGGCGCGGAGCCGGCGGGGAUCUGCCUGGCCUGCAGCUACGAGUGCCACGGCACGCACCGGCUCUUCGAGCUGUACACGAAGAGGAAUUUCCGCUGUGACUGUGGGAAUAGCAAGUUCAAGAAUCUGCAGUGCAAGUUACUCCCGGAAAAGGGCAAGGUGAAUGCAGGAAAUAAAUAUAAUGACAAUUUCUACGGAUUAUACUGUACUUGUAAAAGACCUUAUCCUGAUCCUGAAGAUGAGAUUCCAGAUGAGAUGAUCCAAUGCAUAGUUUGUGAAGACUGGUUCCAUGGAAGGCAUCUUGGUGCAGUUCCCCCUGAAAGUGGAGACUUCCAUGAAAUGGUGUGCCAGGCCUGCAUGAAGCAUUGCCAUUUCCUGUGGGCUUAUGCAUCGCAAUUAGCAGUUCCUCCUUUGACCAAAGUGAACUCUCUUGAAGAUGAAGGGAUUGUCCUGAAGAUUGAGGAAAGAGAAGAGCAGAAAAAAGAAAUAAAAAAAGAAAGUGGAGUGGAACACCAAGACACAAAGGAGGAAAAGCAAACGGAACAGUUUAAUGAACCAUCCACCAGCUCUGGGUCUGCCUGUCCUGAGGUAGUUACUAAGAGUGAGGAACCAGUCUGCAAGCUGAAGGAGCUCCAAAGCAAGCCAUUCUUGAAAAAAGAUACUGCUACCUUUUGGCCAUCGAACUGGAGGAGCAAAUUAUGCACCUGUGAAGACUGUUUGAAAAUGUAUUCAGACCUUGAAGUCCAGUUCCUGACAGAUGAAUGUGACACUGUCUUGGCUUACGAAAAUAAAGGUACCAGUGACCAAGAGACGGAGAGAAGAGAUCCUUUAAUGGACACCCUUAACAGCAUGAACAGAGUUCAGCAAGUGGAACUCAUCUGUGAAUACAAUGAUUUAAAGACGGAGCUGACAGACUAUCUCAGGAGGUUUGCAGAUGAGGGAACGGUGGUUAAAAGAGAAGACAUUCAGCACUUCUUUGAAGAAUUUCAGUCACGGAAAAGGCGACGGACUAACAGGAUGCAGUACUACUGUAGUUAGACUGAGAGGGUUUGGGUCUGAAAGGACCACUGGGAAAACAAUAUUCACUGGCAAACAGAAGAGGCAUCUUCAGUAUCUCAGUAUAUCAGCUUCUCAUCAAAAUCCAGCUGUCCAAGAAACAUCUUCAUUUUGUCUCCUACUUUAUUUGUAGCAACUAAAACAUGUUCUUAGAAGGUUCUUACCAUUGCAGUUAGAGGGAUUUUGGUACCGAUCGACUUUGCAUUCCCCCAAAAGCCAGCCUUGUCUCCAGGGAGAGUUGGCUUGUUACCAGAACAGUGUGUCACUGUUUGUUCCCUGUAGCCUUUUACCCUUUAGUCUCCUGUCAGUGCCUAGAGCUGUAGGCUGUGCUAAACCCACCUGGGCUCUGCCUGCCCUGCCCUCCCCUCUCUGCAGUGCAGGGAACGAGCUCCUUGCUUUCCUGCUGUAAAUGGCUCUGUCUCGCCCUUUGGGGUGCAGCAAUUCUGGCCAGGGCUUCCUGCACCCAGGAGGUGUCUGUUCCUGUGCAGGGCUCGUGGCUCCUCAGUGGCUGGAGCGGGCACAGUUGUGGCUGUGGGUGACCCACGGGUCCCUCCAGGGCAGCCAAACCACGUGUCACUGCUGCCUGCUCGCUCACUGCUGGGGAAGCGCUCCCUGGGCAGGUCAGAAAUGGGGAAUCAGAGGUUAGGCUUGAUGCAACAGAAUGUUCUAUCUGGUUUUAUACAUUAAAAAACCUGUUUCUAAUAUUGUACAGUGAUAUUUUACAUGAAAAAAAUUGUCACACGAUCUCAAUUCACUUAUUAGAAUAUAAACAAUAUCGAGGAGGAGGUACUGAAUUACAAACCAAGCAUGGGGGGUUUGUUAUAGGACUUGUAAUGUGCUUUGAUUUCAAAAACUAGCCUACAGCAAAUUAUUCUACUUCAUAAAUGUUGCUGAAAACCCUGAAGCAUCCUGGUAUUUUGCUACAGUAUGAAACAUGAUCUUUUUAUAACCACUGUGAUAAGCAUGGGAGAUGUUUCACUGACUUUUAAGACUCUACACUUAGCUGCAAUUAAGAAUUGACUUUUUGUAAUUUUUGGAGCCUAAUGUAGUUCUUAGUUUUCUUUAUCCUCAGCCCCCAAAACAUACAUUAAAGUUCUAGUUUUUGAGGAUUUCUAUACCGUGGGGUACUGUUCUGCUUCUAUGUUAAUGAUUUUUGAGAACAAAGACCUUUAUCAUUCUCACUAUUAACUGUUUCUGACCACUUUAUUUACAAAAACUAGUUGUAGCAUAGAGGCUCAGCUCAUCCGUUUCAUAGAAUUACAGAAUAUGCUGAGUUAGAAGGGACCCAUCAGGAUCAAUUCCAAUUCCUGGCCCUGCACAGGGCACCCCAAGAAUCCCACCAUGUGCCUGAAAGCAUUGUCAAAUGCUUCUUGAACUCUGUCAGGCUUGGGGCCGUGACCACUUUCCUGGGGAGCCUGUUCCAGUGCCCAAACACCCUCAUACCCAACCUGAACCUCACCUGACUCAGCUUCAGGCCAUUCCCUCAAGUCCUGUCACUGGUCAUAAUAGUGAAGAGAUCAGUGCUUGCCCGUCUUCUUCCCUUUGUGAGAAAGCUGUGGACUGCCACACUGUCUGUCCUCAGUCUCCUCCAGGCUGAACAGACCAAGUGACCUCAGCUGCCUCUCUUAUGGCUUCCCCUCCAGCCACUUCACCAUCUUUGUUGCCCUCCUUUGGACACUCCAAUAGCUUAAUACCUUACUUACAUUGUGGCACCCAAAACUGCACACAAUAUUCAAGGUGAGGCCACCCCAGUGCAGAGCAGAGCGGGACAAUCCCCUCCCUCAACCAGCUGGCGAUGCUUUGCCUGAUGCCCCUCCAGGACAGGGUUGGCCCUCCUGGCUGCCAGGGCACUGCUCACUCAUUCCAACUCGGCAUUGAUCAGAACCCUCAGGUCCCUUUCCUAGUUGCUUUUAAAUUUAACUCCAGGUAUUGUACAUGCUGUUUUUUGGUAGCAACUGUUACAGGAGCUGUAACUGCACAUCUAACUACAAUAUAAAAAGAAUUAAAGAACUGUUCAAUCUGUA